AUGGCUGCUGCGGUCUUUUCGAGGCGGUCCCGCAAGGAAGCUUCAACCCCAGUGCAAUGGGAUAAACCAGUCUUGAAGUGCAGAUUUGAGGGACACGAGGACACAAUACCAAGUUUUGUCUUCUUGCACGAUAACGUCCACAUCGUGAGUGGUUCCUGGGAUGGCACGAUGCGGAAGUGGAACUGCGACACCGGACUUCUUGUCGGGGAACCAUGGGAAGGCCAGGGUAAAAGCAUAUAUGCACUGGCACUUUCGCCGGAUGGGAAAGUGAUUGCGUGCGGGAGGGUAGACGGAAGCGUUCAGCAGUGGAACACGGAUGGGGAGAUGAUCGCAGGUGUUUGGGCGGGUGAUGGGAAAGCGGUGCGGUCGCUUUCGUGGUCUCCCAGCGGGGACUAUAUCGCCAGCGGCUCCGACGAUGGAAACAUCCUAAUUCGAAAGGCAGCCAGCGGGAAAGUCAAGGGGGGCCCAAUCAAGACGGAGCAGAGCUAUGUGUGGAGUCUGGCAUAUUCGCCUUCCGGAAACCGAAUUGCAUCAGGCGGGAGCAACAAAACAAUUUGCAUCUGGAGCACGAAGACCGGGGAGCUUGUUGUCGGCCCUAUUCAAGGCCUGGGGAUGGCUGUGACGUCGUUAGUGUGGUCGUCGGACAGCACAAAACUGUAUUCCGCAUCCGAUGAAUUUGCACGUGUUUUUUGCAGCAAAUCAGGCGCACUACUCCAUCAGCUCAAGCACGAUAAUUACCUGUAUUCCGGUGCACUUUCACCCAAAGACAACGUGUUGGCAUGUGUGGGCAACGACGGAGUUGCACAGCUAUGGGAUGCAGGGUCCCAACAGCCACUCAGCCUGCCGUUUCACCAGGAUGAUUGCAAAUGGCUUAACUGCGUGUCAUUCUCUCCAGACGGGAGAUACAUAGCAUAUAGCGGAGACGACAAAAAACUCACUCUCUGGAUUGUCAGACACUGUGACAUAGCUCCUCAGCUUACUGCAGUACCCAUACUUGGACAAGAUCACGGGGAACGUGAAGUUACGCAGCAUGAAAAUCGGCCCGAACCACAGCAGGAAACUCAACCACGGUCCUCAUCGUCCUCUUUCCUUGAUGCUGAUGCUACCGGAGGUGAUGGCAUCAUCAAAGAGGGACACGAUGAUCCAUAUGACAAUUUUUUCAAGUCUUCCCAGUCGUCCUUUCCUGCCUCGAUAUUCGGUCCCCCUCAGCCUCCCAACCCUUCCCCAGCCCGUCACUUUUGGAAUGCCAUCUCUCGAUAUCGCCUGCCGCCCAUUCCAUUGCGAAAUGUUUUCGUUCGUCGCGCUUGCUCAAAUUCACCAACACUAGACCAGAGGGUUCGAGCUGGAGAAGAUGAGGAAGGCGAAAUGGAUGAUGAUGUGAGUGCUGUUUCGAUUACCACACUCUCAUCCCAACACGACAGCCGUCAGCGAUGUUCUGCGAAUGAUCCGCCAGUUGCCAGCAAUGAUGAGCCCAGUGAUACACAGAGCCCAAUGCUCGAUGACUCCCCUCCUCCUGCCAAGCACGACGAUGAAGACGAUCGAAACAUCUGGAACCGGCUAAUACAGGCUCGAUGGAAAGCUCCCACUGACCCCAAUAUGACUCUAGCAGUGAGACGCCCCAAGGUCGUUGAGGUAUACGCUGUGCGGGGUUUCCAGGGAUAUGUCGCACGGACACCGUCACGGAAGACGACAUUACAUGCGGUGACGUGUAGCGCUCCUCUCGCUGCAGCACACGUCAGUAGCUCAUCACGGCCGCUAUCGUCGCACGCUAUGGUCAGCAACGGAGUUCGACAUGUUCAACCCACUGGAGAUCAAUCAUUGCACGUGUCCCCAUCACACUUUGUCACCGACUAUCACGCCACUCGUGACUCCGAUUCACGUUCGAGCAUCGAAGGCUCCUGCAACAGGUUCCUCGACAAAAUAUGUUUUCCAUGUGGGCACUACCAUGAGAAUUCUUGAUGUUGGCUGUGUUUUCAUGCGAGUUGGUUUGCAUCCUUCUUUCAUAUCGAAGAUACAUUGGUCAUUUUACUAGGCGACGGCCGAGAUUGAGAAUACGUGCGGCGUACCAAUCUGUUUGGAUCCAGUGUGCUUAUGAAUACAACCCAAC